CUAUAAUUUCUUCUUCAUCUUUUUGGUUUUUGCUCGUAGAUUUGUGGACGAAGUUAUGAGAUUGAGAUUAUGGUUGAAUUUUAUCGAAGGAAUUAUGUCGGCACUGCACCAGAUCCAAGAGAAAGCUCACAAGGACGGGCUUAAGAAGAACGAAGAGACCAUUUCAAGAGGUCUGUGGAAGGAGAAGAAAAGAGCUAAAACCAUAAAUGAUCCUGCGGAGAAAUUUGAAUUUCUAUGUGAGAAUUGCUUGAAGACUAAAACUGCCAAGUUCCAAGGACUCUAUGAGAAGUUUUGCAAGGACCAAGCCAACCAUCUACAGGCCUUGAAAGGUAGUUCCUUAGAGCAGUUCCAGCAGGUCAAGCUGGGGGGUUUGGGCCAAAAACAUGUUUCCAGCAGCAAAAUGCAGCCCGGGCAGAAGGUGGGACCCAGCGAACUCGGCUGGCCCGAGGGCAAGUCGAGCCCCUGAUCCAAAACGAGGGCGGGCUGACAUCACGAUGACGUCAGCGCUACAGUACCACCACAGUAUUGCUAUAGUGUAGCGCUACAAUCCCGCUCUGCCACGUGUCGCGUUCUGGGCUGUCUGAUCAGAAUUUUUCCUCCAAUCCAACGGCAGCCAAUUUUUGUGCAAUAAAAAAAUGAAAAAAUAUUUAA